AUGGCACCGAACCGCAGUAGCGCGCACAGCUCGCUCAAUCCAGCGGAGGUGCCCACUGCCAAUGGAUCGGCUGCUGCUGCUGCCUCUGAGGAGCGAGACAUUUGGUCUUCGAUUCUGCAACAAGUGCAAAAGACCGCCACCAACAAGCUUCCCUCGAACAAGUCCAUUCUGGUGCUGGGAGACAAUGACUCGGGGAAGACGUCGCUCAUCGCGAAGAUGCAGGGCAUGGACACCACCUGCAAGGGCAGCGGCCUGGAGUACCACUACCUGAUGGUGCGGGAUGAGUACCUCGACGAGCGGACGCAGUGCGGCGUGUGGAUUCUCGACGGGAACUACCAGUGGAAGCGGGACCUGCUCAAGUUUGCCCUCAAUGCGGAGAACUUCGCCGACACGACCAUCCUCCUGCUGGUGUCGAUGACCAAGCCGUGGGACAUCAUGAACUCACUGCAGCACUGGGUGGAAGUGCUUGAGGCGCACAUCAAGUCGCUCAAUCUCGACCCGAAGGUCCUGGAGAACUUUAGAGAGCAGAACCGACGACGCUUUCAAGACUACAUCUCUCCUGGUGAUGAGAUUGAAGGGCUCACCUCGUCGAUCCACCGAAACCGAUCUCACUCCUACUCGGGCGACUCACCCACUGAACCGGAACGAGAUCCACUGCCGGAGAAUGUGCUGUGCAAUAACCUGGGACUGGACAUUGUCGUGGCAGUGGCCAAGACGGACUACAUGUCUACGCUGGAGAAGGAGUACGACUACAAGGAGGAGCACUUUGACUUUAUCCAGCAGGCAAUUCGCAAGUUUUGUCUCAAUUACGGUGCAGCACUUGUGUACGUGUCUGUGAAGAUUAGCAAAAACUGUGAAGUGCUCUUCAAAUACCUGGUGCACCGGAUCUACGGUCUGCAGUUCAAGACGCCGGCGCUGGUCGUCGAGAAGGACGCCGUCUUUAUACCCUCUGGCUGGGACAAUGAGAAGAAGAUUGCCAUUCUCUACGAGAACAUACAGUCCUUCAGUCCGGAUGACGACUUUAACGACAUCAUCACCGUUCCUGUGAAUGCUAAUCCGGCUCAAAAGGAAAUUGAGAUUGUCGCCGAUGAAGACCAAAUUUUCCUGAUGAAGCUGAAGGGUCAGUUGGCCCAAAAUGAACCUUCCAAUACCAAUACGCCUUCCCGACCACUCGCCUCAACGCCUCAGUCUUCCAGCAAAGACCGCCGCUCGACGACCUCGGCAAACAGUCCAGCGACGCCGCUGAUGGACGGCGGCAAGGCUGGAACGCAAGGUGGCGAGGGUGUCCUGCAGAACUUCUUUAACCAGCUGCUGAAUCGCAAGUCAGUCUCGGGAAGCGGUGGAGCAGGUGGUGGUGGUGGUGCAGGCGGCGGUGGACCGGGCGGUGUCGGACCAAGUGGAACGCCCGGUGCGUCACCUCGAACGCCGGCCACGGGCGGCUCGGCGACGGCAGCGGCGGCCGCUGCGGCGACCACCUCUGCGCAGCAGCUUGGCACUGAAUAUGUGCAGGCGGAGCUGGAUCGAAUCCUCGAGGGAAACAAAUCGUCGUCCAGUGGUGCUGGUGGACAGCAGGAAUAG